UUUAGCUUACAGUAUUAUAUUUACAUCUUGCUUGACGUCACCUCUACCUUCAUAUAAUAUAAAUAUGUUACCUAAAGGUGACCUCCUCACCUGGAAUAACAAACGUCUCACAGAAAGUGGCAGCCUGGUCUCUCAGCCCGUCGGCAGACACAGCCUCUAUUUCAGGGUUAGGGCCACAGUACGGCGUGUCAAGUGUUUCUGUUCCCCCUCGGCUGGCCUGCGCUCGGCUUAAUCGGAUCAGAAAGGACCUUCGUUCAGGGGCCUAUGACCGGGCAGCGCGUCCCUGGUGGUAACAUGAACCCAAUGUUGUUCCCAGACUGUGGUAACCAUAGGGACACUGUGUAUAAUUUAUAAUCGACUACAAACGGUGGGAACAUGGAGGAGAAGGCGUGCAUCGUCGAUGGUUUGUACCGUGCUCUGGGUGUCUCUGCCGGAGGAAGGUUCUCCUCUGAAGAUAUCAGCCUGAUCUACCGGAGGGUCUUCCACUACCCCUCCACGGCAGAUGAUGUUCUUGUCGCUUUGAAGACGGUGGCUGGGGAAGAUGAAGGGUGGUCAUGCGCGGGUGAACACAUCCUGGAUGUUCUUUUAGAAAUGCAGAAAGAGAGAGAAAGGAAAGACGAGCUCUACUGGUCCCAGCAGCUGCUCAACAUGGGGAAACACAAGAACGGACAUCUACAGGACACACAGGAACCCAUGUAUCAGCGAAACCCAGAUAACAUGCGCUCAGAUUCAAGCACCUUCGAACACGCUCAGAACAUAUUGUACUCAGUCUCCGUACCCCCUGGCUCUGAUGACGCAGAUCUUUCGCAGACAGAACACAGCCACAGGUGUGUGUUGCGUCUGAAGAGGAGCGCUCGACAGUGCUGGGCCAGGCUGGUGACCGAAGGCGUUCACAGCAUCGCACCCCGACGCGGGCGUGCGACUGAGAUGGAGGUCAGGGGUCACGCUCUGGGUUGUUUGACCCCGGCCGACCUCCUUUCACUGGUGGAGAUGAAGUACGCCGUGGUCACGGGGUUUCUGUACACAGAGAUGCUGAGGCAGCACUACGGUUGGAGUGCCUGGGAGACCCUGCCGCCAUGGCAACAAGACAAGGAGAAGGAGGGGCUCGAGGACCUGGCCGAGCGGGCGCUGGCGUCUGGGGACCUGCUCCGUCUGACCGAGCUGCCGGGGGCCUUCAGGGUUUACAAGUAA